GGGAUUAUGGCGUGCAAUACUUGGAUAUAGCAUUCAAUUUCGAGAAAAUGUAUGCUUUUCUCCAUCAAUGUUUGUAGGAAAGUCAUGGCUUCUGCAUCUGAAAGAACUAGACUUUUAACUCCAGAGGAGAGUCAACCUCAGUAUGUUUUUGAGAAUAGCACCACCAGAGAAAGAAAGAGAAGAGUCAGACAAUUCCAAUGCUGCAUUUGUGCAAUUUUCUUGACUAUAUUUUUGGUGGCAUUAAUCAUGACGGUUAUGUACAGUAUAACCGAACGCGAUCUACCAAACAAUGCCACUGAUUCUCCAACUGGGAGUGACAGUACAACAGUAAACAUCGAUGCAGCUACAACUCCCAUACCAGUGUUUGUCUUGCUGAGCAACAUAUUUCCAAUUGGAGAUGUGGAGAAUAAAAAUGAAACGACCAAUGAUGCUUUGCUCUGGAAAGAAGCAAUCCAAGCUGGUCAAAGUGGCUUAGAAGAGAAAGAUAAGAUCGAAACAUAUGUACCGUCUUUGCAGUUGAGAAGUCCCAGUUACAGACACCAGAGGGUUGUAGCAACUAGUGAAAAGGGCAGGAAUUUAUCCAGGAUCGGUUUUGUUGAGGAGUAUGCAACAAGACAUAUUCACAGGAAGAGAAAGAACAACACAUUAGUCGAAAAAAUAUGCCAUAAAGAUAAUACCACAUCCGAUGAGUAUUGUCGCAAAUCAACGAUGGAGUGUAAUAUAUUCCUGAUGAAAUAUAGAACCUAUAAUGGAACUUGUAAUAAUUUGCAAAAACCACUGGAGUACGGAGCGUCGUAUAGGCCGUUCAGGAGAUCUCUUCCCCCGGACUAUGCUGACGGUAUAAGUGAACCAAGAGUGUCAAAAUCAGGUGACCCCCUACCAUCUGCGAGAACAGUCAGCCUAGUAGUCCACAGACCCUACUACAGAAACGACCCGAAAUUCUCGGUGAUGCUGGCAGUUUGGGGCCAAUUCCUGGACCACGACAUAACAGCGACUGCUCUGAGCCAAAAGUCCAACGGCAGCUCAAUAUCCUGCUGCGACCCCCAAGCUGUCUCUUCUCCGGAAUGUUUCCCGGUCCAAUUGGACUGGCUGGAUCCCUUCAGGGAGUACAACGUCAGUUGCAUCGAGUUCGUGAGAUCUGCGCCUGCGCCGACUUGCUGUCUGGGACCUCGGGAACAGUUGAACCAAGUCACGCCUGUCAUUGAUGGCUCUGUGAUAUACAGCGCUGAGGAGGAGGUGGCCAAGAAGUUGCGAAACAUGGUGAACGGGACGAUGAGAGUGAUUAUGACUGCUGACAACAGAACUUUGUUGCCUGCUUCUGAGGAUCUGAAUGACGGGUGUAAUAGGGAGGAGGAGGAAAAGAACGGGAGAUAUUGUUUCCUUACAGGUGAUGCAAGAGCGAAUGAAAAUUUGUAUUUGACCAGUAUGCACCUGCUCUGGGUGCGACAGCAUAACUUGAUAGCUUAUAAUUUGUCAAGGCUAAAUCCUCAUUGGAAGGAUGAAAUCGUUUUUCAAGAAACUCGAAGGAUAAUAGGGGCACAAAUGCAGCAUAUUACCUACAAUGAGUUUCUACCCAUAUUACUUGGUGACAGCUUGAUGCAGAAGUUCGAUUUAAACCCUUUGAAAAAAGGCUAUUCCAAAACGUAUAAUGCGAGUCUAGAUCCCACUAUAGCAAAUAAUUUUGCAGCUGCCAGCUUCAGAUUUGCUCACUCAAUUAUACCUGGGUUAAUGAAACUCUUGUCGAAUUACACUUCAACUCCAGAGUAUGUUCAGAUGCGCAAAAUGCUUUUUAAUCCUUUCCAACUUUACGAUCCAGAAGUGCUUGAUAAAACCUUGAGAGGUGCGAUGAAUACGACCAUAGAAGCAAGUGAUUCAUAUUUCACGAAUGAGUUGAAAUCACACAUGUUUGAGAAGUCCACAGAAAAGUUUAAAGAACCAAAAUUAUGUGGGUUGGAUUUGGUAUCUCUGAACGUUCAAAGAGGAAGAGACCAUGGUUUGCCUGGUUAUACGUCAUGGCGGACUCAUUGUAAACUUAGCAAACCCAAGAGUUUUGAUGAUUUGAAGAAUGAUAUGGAUUCCUAUUCUUUAUACAACAUUAAGGCGAUAUACAAGGAUGUGGAUGAUAUUGAUCUCUAUACAGGGGCUUUGAGUGAAAUACCAUUGGAAGGAAGCAUUUUAGGUCCAACAAUAACUUGUCUGAUUCUUGAUCAGUUUUAUAGAAUCAAGCAUGGUGACAGAUUUUGGUAUGAAAAUCCACAAAAACCGCAAUCUUUCACUCCUGAGCAGUUAAGCGAGAUCAAGAAAACCACAUUGGGAAAUGUUAUUUGUGAUACUUCAGAUGGGCUUCACCUUGUCCAGAGAAGAGUGAUGGAAAGGGUGGAAAAUGAUGAUGAAUAUAUUUCUUGUUCCGAAGUAGACAGGCCGAAUUUAGAGUUAUGGAAGGAGAAUUUGCAUCAUGUAGAUAUGUCAGAUGAUUCUCUCACUGUCAAAACAGCUGGCUGAACAGCAUCUUAUAUUUUGUAUUCUUGAGCAAAAUAAAAAUAUUUUUUGCUUUCUUUUAUUAUAAUUUGGAAGAG